GGCGGAAACUGAAAAGCAGCCAAUGAGAGCAGCCUGGUGCGAGUUUUAAACUUGCAGCGGCAGGCAAAGAAGAUACCGCACUCGUGCAGUAGCAGCAAGCGGCUAUCUUUUGGUCCUGGGCGAAAAAGGGAACGAAUCGGAGCAAGCCGGUCGUAAGGAUCUCAGGAAUCCAGCCCUAGACCAUGGCUUUGCGGGUCACCCGGAACACAAAAGUCAAUGCUGAGAACAAAACAAAACCUGCAAUGGCCCUCAGUAAGCGAGGGGUUGCUGCUAGCAAACCAGCUUUGAGGCCUAGGACUGCUUUGGGAGACAUCGGCAACAAAGCUUGUGAGCCACAGUCUAAAGACGUAGGGAAAAAGGAAAUGUUGAAGCCUACAGCAGUGGACAAAGUAAUUACUCGGAAAAUCACAAAACCUACUGAAAAACCAAUUCAACCUGUGAAAGAAGAAAAGCCAAUUCCAGAACCUGUUAAGCUGGAGCCUCUAUCCCCAAGCCCCAUGGAAACAUCUGGCUGUGCUCCAGCAGAGGACAUAUUAUGCCAGGCUUUCUCGGAUGUACUACUUGAAGUGAAAGAUGUAGAUACAGAUGACGUGUCUGAUCCAAACCUUUGCAGUGAAUAUGUUAAGGAUAUCUACAACUACUUGAAAUUUCUUGAGGGUCAGCAAUCGGUGAAAGCAGACUACUUGGCAGGUCAGGAAAUUACUGGAAAUAUGCGGGCCAUCCUAAUUGACUGGCUUGUUCAAGUUCAGAUGAAAUUCAAACUGUUGCAAGAGACCAUGUACAUGACGGUUGCCAUAAUAGAUCGGUUUCUUCAGAAUAACAAAAUAGCCAAAAGGAUGCUACAACUGGUUGGUGUAACAGCCAUGUUCAUUGCUAGCAAAUAUGAAGAAAUGUUUCCACCAGAAAUUGGUGAUUUUGCCUACGUGACAGAUCAUACUUACACCAGCUUACAAAUCAGGCAAAUGGAAAUGAAAAUCUUACGGUCCCUGGAUUUUAACCUUGGUCGCCCUCUUCCGCUGCAUUUCCUAAGGAGGGCAUCCAAAAUUGGAGAGGCAGAUAUAGAGCAGCAUUCAUUGGCAAAGUACCUGAUGGAACUUGCACUGGUGGAUUAUGAAAUGGUACAUUAUCCUCCCUCCCAGAUUGCAGCUGCAGCAUUUUGUUUGUCUACUAAAGUUCUGGAAGAGGGAGAGUGGACACCACUUCUUCAACACUACAUGUAUUAUACUGAAGACACUCUUAUUCCUGUGAUGCAGCAUAUGGCAAAGAAUGUGAUGUUGGUAAACCGGGGCCUUAUAAAGCAGAUGACUAUCAAAAAUAAAUACGCCAGCAGCAAAAAUGUCAAGAUUAGCACUCGUACAGCAUUGAAUUCUGCAGUCAUACAGGAUCUCGCUAAGCCAUUGUUGAAAUAAAUAUAAUUUAACUGUUUGGACAAAGUUGACACCAUGUGUCACUGUUGUGUGUUGUGUGUAUAUAAUAUAUUCUCUUAAAGUUUUUAAUAAACUUCCUUUUACUUCA